AUGCAAGUGGAAACCUUCCAUAACACUCAGAGGCAUGAUGGCCUCGGGCGUUCUAAGCACCCCACGCCGAGCACCAAUGAAUCGAUAAAAAAAGACGACAAGAUUCAGGGAUUCAACGCGCUCCAAGCUCACAAUUAUGACAUCUCUCGCGUAUCUCCCCCAGACUCUGAUCGAGAUAUCACCAUCGUGGAGUCUAUCGACACUCAGGAUUCUGCACCGUUGCAAGAGCUGCAAUUUUGGAAGACCUACCUCAAGGACAGUCGCCCAGCAGAGUUUCUACUUGACAUGCCCCGUCCAGCUAUCUCAUCUGAGAAAGCAGAGGUGGAAACCUUCAGCAUUGAUGGUGGAUUGUGGGAUCAGUUGCAGCAGUUCUGUCAACAAGAACAAACUACCCCGUUUUCUGUGCUUCUUGCAGCUUUCAGGAUUACCCAAUUUCGAAUGAGUGGCACUUCUGAUGCGGUCAUUGCGGGUACUGAGAGUACGAACACCAAGCAUUUGGGCAUAACGGAUCAUUUUCGCAUCAAGAUUGAGGAUAAGGAAUCUUUCCAGCAGGUCCUCAGUCAGAUUGAUGCCAUCAACGAUGACAUUGUGGACUUCAAGAGGCCGCAGAUGGAGCAAGUUGCGGGCAGUCUAGGUCAGACGGUCAAAUAUUCGUCUGCCACUCCUCUUUCACGGUUACUCCUGAACCUCCACAGCGAGUUGGAAAUUCAUCAAGAUGGAACCAAAUAUGCCCAGCCAAAGAUUCUACCUCUGCCUGAUGAAACGGUCUUUGACAUGGAGAUGCACAUCUAUCCUCGAAGUGCUUAUUUGGAACUCAAAGUUGUUUUUGCAAAGGACCUUUUCAAGCCUGCAACUAUCAAAAGCUUGCUGUCAAUCUUCCAUCAGGUGAUUGACCAAGGAAUUCACAAUCCUGAUGUCCCUGUGGAGACUUUGAACUUGAUGACCAACGACGAUUAUGAUAUCCUCCGUCGUAUGAACCUGUUGUCGCCUCAGACCACAGCGUACCCCAGAGAUUCCACUGUGGUCGAUAUUUUUCGACAGCAGGUCAAGGUAAUCCCUGACCUCACUGCUGUCAAGGAUACCAUUAACUAUUUGACAUACGCGGAACUUGAUAAGCAGUCGAAUAUACUUGCCUUGUGGCUAAGACAUCAGAACCUUCCACUAGAGGCCCUGGUGGGAGUAUUUGCGCCACGUUCUUGUCAGGUCAUCGUCACAUUCAUUGGUAUCUUGAAGGCAGGGUUAGCCUACUUGCCAUUCGACACAACAACACCGCACAAUCGCAUCAAGACUAUCCUCUCGUCCCUCAAAGGGCGAACUGUUGUGCUUACGGGAUCAGUAUCCUCGGUUCCUAACUCUGGCAACACAGAGUUCGUCAAGAUCUCCGAUAUCUUGGAGGGGUCUGUUGCAACUCCAGAGCUCUUACAGGAACUGCCAUUACACAAUGGAAUUACGCCCACCAACCUUGCGUACGUCAUGUUCACUUCAGGCUCUACGGGUCGUCCCAAGGGUGUUAUGGUCGAACAUCGUGGUAUCGUAAGGCUGGUCAAAGGAGGCAACAUGGCCGGACAUCUCCCAAAGCGUACCGUGAUGGCUCACUUGACCAGUAUUACAUUUGACAAUUCCACCUGGGAGAUAUAUGCUGCGUUGCUGACUGGAGGAACGUUGGUUUGCAUUGAUGCCGUGACGGUGCUCGAUUGCAGUGCCAUCGCUGAAACCUCUAUACGAGAGCAGAUUCGAUCGACAAUGCUCACACCUGCUUUACUCAAGCAGUAUCUCAUCGGGUGCCCAGAUGCCAUCGCGGCCCUGGACAUGAUGUGCAUCCAGGGUGAGAAGGCCAUUGCUGAGGAUAUGUUCCUAGCAAAGCAGCUCAGCGGUGGCACUGUUAUCAACGCCUAUGGACCGACGGAGAAUACAGUCACAAGCAGCUUCUUUAUUAUUGACGACGCGGAACCCUGCAUCAACGGCGUUCCAAUAGGUCUUCCGAUUAGCAACUCUGGCGCCCAUGUCAUGGAUUCCGAACAACGACUGGUCCCGAUUGGUGUCAUCGGGGAACUUGUCGUGACGGGUGAUGGUCUUGCUCGAGGAUACGAUGAUCCAGAGAGGAACUUGGAGAGAUUCAUAUCCAUCAAUGUUAAUGGCUGCACAAUCCCAGCCUAUAGAACAGGAGACUAUGUCCGUCAUAGGCCUACCGAUGGUCAACUUGAGUUCUUUGGCAGGAUUGAUGGACAAGUCAAGAUACAUGGCAAUCGUAUCGAACUGGAAGAGAUUGAACACGUAAUUCGCAUUCACCAACACGUCAGAGAUGUCGUUGUCGUUGUACAAAGCAUGGACCAGGAUCCUCGACUGGCAGCGUAUCUCACACUUGACGAGGUUCGUCCAGGCAGUAUCGAAGAAUCAGCAUUGGUCGAGACCUGGUUGGACCAUUGGGAUGUCAAAACCUACACACCAAUAACCAAGAUCCAGCUAGAGGACAUAGGACAGGAGAUGAUCCAGUGGCUGGACGAGACCAUCGACGCAAUUCUUGAUGGAGGUAUCGCUGGACAUAUUCUGGAGAUAGGCACAGGCUCAGGGAUGAUUCUUUUCAACCUGGGCGAUGGUCUUGAGAGCUACAUGGGCAUUGAACCGUCAGAGAGAGCCGUGGCCUUUGUCAACCAAGCCGCCGCCUUGAUGCCGGAGUUUGCAAACAAGGUCAAAAUGCACCGAGGAACGGCUGGGGGCCUUGAUCAGCUCAACUUCACCAACCCACCAGAUACAGCUAUUCUUAAUUCAGUCAUCCAAUACUUCCCGAGUCAGGACUAUCUGCUGAGUGUUAUUCAGUCGCUGGUCAAGAUUGGUGCAAAGAAGAUCUUUCUCGGUGACGUGCGGUCUUAUGCUCUCCACAGGGAAUUCUUAGCUGCACGAGCUUUGUUCAUCGUCAGGGACAAUCUUGUGUCCCCGGCUGAGUUCAGACGUAUCAUGAGUGAUAUCGAGAAAGCAGAAUCCGAACUACUUCUUGAUCCAGCAUUUUUCACAAAUUUGCCUCAGCGCUUACCAAACAUCGUCCACGUCGAGAUCCUCCCAAAGAGGAUGCAAGCUGUCAAUGAGCUCAGCUGCUACCGCUAUAAUGUUGUGUUGCAUAUCAGACAAGAUGCUUCUAGGGCAUGCGUUCAGCCUUCAGACAUCGGCCAAGGAACCCGAAUCAACUUCCGAGAUGAGAACCUGGACUGCAAGUCACUUCUUCAUUUACUAACCAGUUCCAAUGAGGAUGCUAUGAUGUUUGUCGAGAACAUCCCGGAUAGCAAGACGAGUCUGGAGAGAAGUGUGAUCGGGUUGCUCGACACGUUAGAUCAAUCGGCCGAUACUGACGUUGGGAAGAUAUGGUUAAAGAGGGCUCAUCAACAAGCUUCCCUACAAUCCUCCAUGUCAACUACUGAUUUGGUGAUGCUUGCUCAACAGACAGGAUGGCAAAUUGAACUCAGCUGGGCUCGACAUGGCAUACAGAACGGCGGUAUAGAUGCUGUUUUCUACCGAGAUCACUCAGCAGCUGGGUGCAGCGGCCGUGUCAAGUUUAGCUUUCCGGUUGAAGACCAUAGCAGACUAAACAUUGCUCUUAGCAGCCACCCGCUUCGACGUGAGGUGACGAGAAAUGUUCAGGACCAACUGCAGCGAUUACUCCAAGACACCUUACCAUCCUAUAUGAUGCCCCAAUCCUUCACCUUCCUCGACAAGUUACCUGUCAACCAGAACAGCAAGAUCGACCGAAAGGCUAUUUCUUCCUACUUCCAACCAGAGGGAGUCAGUCAAGGGAACAUUCAAGAAUCAAUGUCAAUGGCAGAAGGCAUGAUGCAGAACAUCUGGAGUCGAGUACUAUGCAUCGACUCUUCCAGGAUCAGCAAGAACAGCAGCUUCUUCAACCUUGGAGGCGACUCUAUCGCUGCCAUGAUGCUGGUCAAUGAGUCACGGAAGGUCGGUAUUAAGAUUGCAGUGGCAGACAUCUUUCGGUGGCCAGUCCUUCAUACCCUCGCCAGUAACACUGGGAUAAUAGUUGACCAUUCUACGGAGAAGAUUCCACCAUUCGCUCUGCUUGGCAAUUGCAUCCAUGUUCCAUCCCUUACCAAUGAGCUUUCUACUUGCUGUGGUAUGAGUCCCGAUGCCAUAGAGGAUGCCUUCCCAUGCACGCCCUUACAAGAAGGUCUUGUCUUCGAGACACUGAAGCGUCCUGGAUAUUAUAUAAGACAGGCAGUCAUCAAGCUUUCUCAUGGUAUGUCGCGGACAAGACUGGUGAGGGCUUGGGAGCGUGUAAUUUGUGCAAAGCCCAUCAUGCGCACUCGAGUCAUACAGCAUGAUCAACUAGGCCUCCUGCAAGUUGUUUCCAACGAGCAGAUAGACUGGAUUGAUGCCAGUUCAAUGGGUCUACAGACCUACCUAAUGGCCGAUAAGCAGGAGUCAAUGGGUCUUGGUCAACCUCUCAGUCGAUAUGCCCUUCUUGGGAACGAGUCGGGAGAUCCUGAUAGGCUUGUGUGGAGUUGUCACCAUGCUCUCUAUGAUGGGUGGUCACUGCAUCUGCUUCAGAAUGCUCUAUACAAAGCCUUUGAUGACGAGUUCGCUUCGGUCGAGCCAGGGCCCCAAUUUCAAUCCUUUAUCAAGUAUGUGAAGGAUAUUGACGUCCAAGAGUCAUCUAAAUAUUGGCAAAGAGUACUUGGUGGUUGCCAACAUUCUCCGUUCCCCAGUCUUCCAGCAACCAUUGAGCAUCCUGUCGCCGAUACAGUCAUCAGAGACUCUAUCCCGCUUCCACAAAAUUCAGGAACUGACGUCACGACGUCUGUUCUUGUUCGGGCAGCCUGGGGACUUGUCAUGGGCCAAAUGACCAAUUCAGACGACAUUCUAUACGCCAUGACACUUUACGGCCGCAACGCACCUGUGGCAGAAGUCGCCCAAAUGGCAGCUCCAACGAUUUCUACUGUACCAAUCCGCAUCCAGAUUGACAGAAGCCAGAGAUGCACGGAUUUCCUAGCGCAGGUGCAGGCUGAAGCGACCGAGAUGAUACCUUACGAGCAAACCGGCUUACAGAACAUUGUCAAGACUUUGCGGUCAAGCCAAGACAGUUGCCAGUUCCAAACCCAGCUUAUCAUUCAGACUGGAGAGGAUCACUGUAAUGAGUGUCCCUUUGGUGAGUGGCAGCAAGGCAGCGAAGGAGAGGGGUUUGUUACCUAUGCUUUUACACUGGAGCUGUGGCUACACAACGACAGGAUCACCACAAAAGCCAUGUUUGAUACAAGGGCCAUUGAGCCAUGGUUAGUUCGGCAAAUGAUAGCACGGUUGUCACUUGUCAUGAAUCAACUCAUUAGGGCGAUGCCGACGCAGACGCUGUCAGGUAUGGAGACAUGUGCACCAGGUGAUCUUCAACAAAUUUGGGAGUGGAAUAAGGAUGUGCCCACCGAGAUUGAAGAGUGCGUUCAUGACAUUUUCCAAAAGCAGGUUCAAACGAACCCUCAUGCACCGGCGAUUAUAGCCUGGGACGGUUCUCUCUCCUACAGACAACUCGACGACCUAUCGACUAGGGUUGCCACGAGACUUAUCUCGAUGGGAGUGCAGGACGAGAUAAUAGUCCCGCUUUGUUUCAAAAAGUCCAUGUGGACGACCGUUGCCAUUCUUGGCAUUAUCAAAGCAGGUGGUGCCUUUGUUAUGCUUGAUCCGACGCUCCCAGAGCUUCGACUAAGAGAUGUUGUGCAGCAGGUCGAGGCGAGCGUGAUCAUUUCGUCAUCAAUUAACAAAGAGCUAGUCUCUCGCCUUGCAAAGCGCACUAUGACUCUGGACUGGGGCUUCUUCGAUGCUCCUGAGGUUCUAUCAUAUGACUUGACCAGCUGGAAGCGAGCCAAGCCUUCGUCUCUCUUGUAUGUUGUCUUCACGUCGGGGAGUACGGGGUCCCCCAAAGGCGUUAUGAUAACACAUCAGAACCUUUCCUCGGCGCUACAUCACCAAGCUGAUCUCACCGGUCUUACAUCCUCAUCCAAGAUCUAUGACUUUGCUUCCUACAGUUUUGACGCUUCUAUCAGUAACAUAUUCAUCGCCCUGGCAGCUGGUGCUGCCUUGUGCGUUCCAAACGAGCAUGAACGCCAGAAUGAUUUGGAAAAGAGCAUACGUGCAUCAGGCGCGAAUGUAGUAGAUCUCACGCCAUCUGUCGCACAGCUACUAUCGCCGUCAAGUCUGCCUGAGUUACAGUCGUUGAUUUUGGCUGGUGAGGCUUUGCAUGCUUCAGAUAUCAAAAAAUGGUGGGCCGUCGGCAAUGUAAAGAUUCGAAACGUUUACGGACCUUGCGAAUGCACCCCGACCAGUGUUAUCAACUGUACUGCGACUACUCAAGAGGCCUCAAGCCAGAUUGGUAAAGGUGCUGGAGCUAUCACUUGGGUUGUGAAUCCAGAAGACCAUGAGCAAUUACCCCCUCCUGGAUGCACGGGUGAGCUACUGCUGGAAGGACCAAUUGUUGGCCGGGGAUAUCUCAAAAGUCCCUCAAAAACGGCUGCACACUUCAUUCAAGACCCAUUGUGGCUAUUGCGAGGGGCUCCUGGUAAGCCCGGUCGUCACGGGCGGAUAUACAAGACUGGCGAUCUGGUGAAAUAUCACGAAGACGGGAACCUCACCUAUGUCGGUCGAAAAGACGAUCAGGUCAAGGUCCGGGGACAGCGUAUUGAGCUUGGAGAGAUUGAACAUGCGCUGCGUAGUCAGGUUUCUGUCGAUGAGGCCGCUGCUGUACUCCAAGACGACUCCAAGCAGAAUGCUCAGAUAUAUGGCUUUGUCACCAUUCACGAUGAAGUUGCUGCACGACAAGACCAAUUAGAAGACGAUCAAGAGUCAGAUCAGAAGACUGACGCCUGGGAAGUCCGAUUUGAUUCCGAGAUUUAUUCCUCCAUGGAGAUGGUUCAAAUCCACGAAAUUGGCAGAGACUUCGUUGGAUGGAGUUCGAUGAUCGAUGGAAAGGAGAUUGACCGCCAAGACAUGAACGAGUGGCUAGACGACACAUUAAAGUCUAUCCUUAACGGCCGUACGUCAAUUGGGAACGUGCUCGAGAUAGGAACAGGAUCAGGCAUGAUUUUGUUCAAUCUCGCACACGCAUUUGAAAGCUAUAUCGGCUUGGAUCCCUCAGAAAAGGCAGUGGACUUUGUUGCUCGGUCGGUGGCUCGUCACCCUCAACUAAAAGACAAGGUGAGAAUCUUCACGGGUACCGCCACAGACAUUCCUCGACUUGCAUCCAGUACAUCCAUUCUUCCGGAUAUAGUGGUCAUCAACUCGGUUCUCCAAUACUUCCCCAGCCAAGAAUAUCUUUUACAAGUCAUCAAAGACAUCAUCCAUCUAGGAAGUACCAAAACCAUUUUCUUUGGCGAUGUGCGAUCUUUUGCACUUCAUAAAGAGAUUUUGGCUGAGAGAGCUAUACAUCGACAGGAAUAUCUCAGUCAAGAGGAACUUCGACGGAUGAUUCUCAAUAUGCAAAAGUCAGAACCUGAGUUGCUGGUUGAUCCAGGAUUCUUCACAGGUCUGUCGGAGAGAUUUCCAGAUCUCAUCCGCCAUGUUGAGAUCUUGCCCAAAAUCAUGAGAGCGACAAAUGAGCUGAGCUGUUAUCGUUACGCCGCAGUGGUACACCUUGAGUCAGCAAAUGUACAAUACAACAUCAGGCAGGUCAGCAAUCAUGACUGGAUGGAUUUUAUCACACAGAGUCUCGAUUGCAAGGGGAUAGAGGCCUUGUUGGAUGCAAUGUCAGGUCCAAGUACGCUAGCUAUUAGCAACAUCCCUUACAGCAAGAUUGCUUAUCCAAGAGCUAUUAUCGAGGCAGUAGAAAAGCCGAAGCCCGAUAGUGCAAGACAUGGGGACUGGCUAUCAAGGGCCAGUGACGAUGCGGCUCAUUGCAACUCACUUUCCCCGAUGGACCUUGUCGAAUUGGCACAGAACUCAAACUAUCGUGUCGAGCUAAGCUGGGCUCGUCAAUCAUCACAAUUUGGAGGACUGGACGCCAUAUUCUAUCGCCAUGACAAGGCAGACGACAACGCUGAAAGAACUCUAUUCUGUUUCCCUCAUGACCAUUUCGGAAGACGGUAUCAUAUUCUCAGUAGCAGACCUCUGCAACAAAGGAUGGAGGGCAAGAUUCUACAGAGGUUGAACAAAAGUCUGGAGUCACUACUUCCAAGGUAUAUGUUACCGCAAUCCAUCACCAUUUUGGAUCGGAUCCCGAUAAACAGAAAUGGCAAGGUAGACCGAAGGAAGCUCGCAGAUUCCUGUAAGAGACAGAGUAUCGCUGGAAAGGUCAAACAACAGCCUACAGGGCCAGCGGAAGAGAAGAUGCAAAAGAUAUGGUCAGAGGUUCUCAACAUAAAACCAGAUUCUAUUGGGCUACACGACGGAUUUAUACAACUCGGCGGUAAUUCCCUCGAUGCUAUGAGAGUUGUGACCCUGGCUCGUCAGGCUGGCAUGAACCUGUCAGUCAAAGACAUGUUCCGCCACUCCACCACCAGUAUCCAUCAACUCACGCUGGAACUCAAGCCUACUGAAGAAAGCGAGCCCAAGUCUGUCACUCAGAAGGUCGAUCCAACACGUCUCCUGGCAGAUAUUGCCCGAUAUGAUGCUCAAAUCGAAGCUGUGACACUGAAUGUGGAUCAGGCCACUCGUACAAAAGACUCGCGGAAGCGACCAACUGUACUUCUCACUGGCGCGAACGGAUUCAUCGGGACGCAGAUUCUACGUCAGUUUCUCGAAAACGACCAAGUAGGACGCGUGAUUGCCAUCAUACGAGGCGAAUCAGCUGAAGUAGCCAAGAGACGUCUUGUCGACGCAGCAAAUAAAGCCCUAUGGUGGACUGAGUUUCAUGAUGCUAUCUUAGAAGUCUGGCCCGGAGACUUGUCCAUGCCACAUCUUGGACUUGAGCCAACAAAAUGGGAACUCAUCAAGAAUGGCGAGGUCGACAUAUUUGUCCACAAUGCUGCAUCAGUACACUUUAUCAAGAGCUACGAUGUUUUGAAACCCGUCAAUGUCGCAUCUACAGUAGAAAUACUUUCUGUGGCUGCAUCAAACCCAGGAACAAGGUUCGUCUAUGUGUCCAGCGCCCGUCACCAAGACCCAAUGGAAGAGGAUGAAGAAAGUGUGGCAAGAGAUCUCGCUGCCAACUCCAACGGCUACAUACAAACAAAAUUUGUGUCCGAGGCCUUGGUCAGACGAGCAGCCCACCGCAGUACCAAUGGGCAGAGCCAAUUCACUAUUGUGAGUCCUGGCCUAGUCAGCGGGACGCUCACUGAGGGUUAUUUGAGCACUGAUGAUUGGAUCUGGCGAUUAAUUUCGGCCUGCAUUCGGGUCGGUACCUACAACACUGACAACGCUGCGACAUGGAUCCCGAUGUCUGAUGUUGGGAUGAUAGCACAAACUAUAGUUGCCACAAGUAUGAGCUCCGGCAGUCCAUCUCAGCCUGUAGUGAAGAUCAAAGGUGGCUUGACGCUUGGGGACCUUUGGGGAACGCUCAUCACGAUGGGCUAUGAGCUGCAGGAAAGUAGUGGCUCAGAGUGUGCAGCAGCAAUUCACCGGGAUAUCCAAUUUAGCAAGGAGGCUCAUCCGCUUUGGACAUUGUCUGAUAUACUUGAAGACUUGGAGGAUACGGCUCAGGACACAUGGGCUGCUAGUUGGUAUGACGACAAGACAUGUUCUGUACGGCUUCGAGUAGCGCUACAGAAGAGCAUUGGGUAUUUGGUUGAGACUGGGUUUUUGAUGUCUCCGAAAGGAGAGCAGAGUAGUUUAGUCUGA